UGGGGACGAUGCAAGAUGGCGGCUGGAGAGGGGCAGGGGCAGCUGGUGGAGCCGGAGUUAGAGCCGGUGGCAGCGCUGGAGGAGCAGCAGCAGCAGCGGAGCUUCAGGGAUUUGGGAGUGACAGAUGUCCUGUGUGAAGCUUGUGACCAGUUAGGAUGGAAGACACCAACAAAGAUCCAAGUUGAGGCUAUUCCAGUGGCUCUCCAAGGCAGAGAUAUCAUUGGAUUGGCAGAAACAGGUUCUGGAAAAACAGGAGCUUUUGCUUUACCAAUUCUUCAAGCACUGCUGGAAACACCUCAGCGAUUAUUUGCCCUUGUCCUCACGCCAACAAGGGAGCUGGCCUUCCAAAUUUCAGAGCAAUUUGAAGCUCUUGGAUCCUCCAUUGGUGUCCACAGCGCGGUUAUUGUGGGUGGAAUUGACACGAUGUCUCAAUCGCUGGCCUUAGCCAAGAAACCACAUAUUAUAAUUGCAACCCCUGGUCGUCUAAUUGAUCAUCUGGAGAACACAAAGGGCUUCAAUUUACGAGCUCUGAAGUAUCUAGUGAUGGAUGAGGCUGACCGGAUCCUCAAUAUGGAUUUUGAGACAGAGGUGGAUAAGUUACUGAAAGUGAUUCCUCGAGACAGGAAGACAUUCCUGUUUUCUGCCACCAUGACCAAAAAGGUACAAAAACUGCAGCGUGCUGCUCUUAAGGAUCCUGUUAAAUGUGCUGUUUCUUCCAAAUAUCAAACAGUUGAAAAGCUACAGCAGUACUAUAUUUUCAUCCCCUCUAGAUUCAAGGACAGCUACUUGGUUUAUAUCCUGAAUGAACUGGCUGGAAACUCUUUCAUGAUAUUCUGCAGUACAUGUAACAAUACUCAGAGGACUGCUCUACUGCUCCGCAACUUGGGGUUCACUGCCAUCCCUCUCCAUGGGCAGAUGAGUCAGAAUAAACGCUUGGGCUCCCUGAACAAGUUCAAGGCAAAAGCACGGUCUAUUUUGCUGGCUACUGAUGUUGCAAGCAGAGGUCUGGACAUUCCACAUGUAGAUGUGGUGAUAAACUUUGAUAUUCCUACACACUCUAAGGAUUACAUUCAUCGUGUGGGGAGGACAGCUCGAGCUGGGAGAUCUGGCAAAUCUAUCACUUUUGUCACGCAGUAUGAUGUAGAGCUGUUCCAGCGCAUUGAACACCUGAUUGGCAAGAAGCUGCCAGCAUUUCCCAUGCAAGAGGAAGAGGUCAUGAUGUUGACGGAGCGUGUGGCUGAGGCCCAGAGAUUUGCUCGAAUGGAGCUGCGGGAGCAAGGAGAGAAGAAGCGAUCUCGGGAUGGUGAUGAUGAUGACACAGAAGAAGCUAUUGGUAUCAGGAAUAGAGUGGCAGGUGGGAAAAAGAAGAAAAGGAAAGCCUUCUAGUUCAUGUUUGGACAAACUUUUACCUUCCUCUUCAUAGCUAUGGAGAUUGGAAGAAAAAAAAAGUCUACCCACCUUAUCCAGUGGAUUUUCUUUUCAGAACUAUGUACCAUUAAUCUGGGGAAUCCAGCUGGAAAGCAAUUUUCUAUCCUCUGCUGCAGCAGUGCCUUCACUAGUUACAGUCUGAGCCUGGUCUGUUGUAGUACCAUGUGAUCAGCCUUUCUUUCAGAGCAGCCGGACCAUCCCCUCUGAGCUUGGAAGUAGCUGUGGUCUGACCCAGCUCAUUCCUGAAGAGGUGCUGAAGAGAAGUAUGGGUUCAUGACAUGUGGGUGCAGCUUUCUCAUUGCUGCAGCCUCUGUUUUCACUACCCAACUUGCUGAGUGCAUCUGAUACCAGAGAUGCCUGUCGGAACAAGGAAGAGACGAAAAAGUUAAAAGAAGCAACUGUUUCAGCAGCACGCCUGUGAUGCCCUUGGUUUAGUUAAAGAACAUGUUCUGUGGAGAACUCCAAAUAUAUUUUGCUUAAUUUUAAAGCUA